GGGGCGGGGCGGGGGCUCCGCCGGGCUUUCUAGGACGCCGGCGCCCCGCACACCCACCAUGGAUCUGCUGCUGUUGGUGAACACGAGCCUGGGCUCCCCCAACGAGUCCCUGGCGCUGCCCCCCGCCUCGCCGUCCUCCUCGGCCCUCCUGCAGCCGCCCUCCCCCUACUCGCCGGCGGCCGUGGCCGGCCUGGCGGCCGUGGUGGGCUUCCUCAUCGUCUUCACCAUCGUGGGCAACGUGCUGGUGGUGAUAGCUGUGCUCACCAGCCGGGCGCUGAGAGCCCCCCAGAACCUCUUCCUAGUGUCCCUGGCCAGCGCGGACAUCCUGGUGGCUACCCUGGUCAUGCCUUUCUCCUUAGCCAACGAGCUUAUGAAUUACUGGUACUUCGGCAAGGCUUGGUGUAACAUUUACCUGGCGCUGGACGUGCUGUUCUGUACCUCGUCCAUCGUCCACCUGUGUGCCAUCAGCCUCGACAGGUAUUGGUCGGUCACACAGGCGGUGGAGUACAACCUCAAACGGACACCGCGGCGGAUCAAGGCCAUCAUCCUCACCGUGUGGCUCAUUUCAGCCAUCAUCUCCUUCCCGCCAUUGAUCUCCGUGUACCGGGACCCUGAAGGAGAUGUCUUUCCCCAGUGCAAGCUCAAUGACGAGACAUGGUACAUCCUUUCUUCUUGCAUCGGCUCUUUCUUUGCCCCCUGCCUCAUCAUGGUGUUGGUCUAUAUCCGCAUCUACCGCGUGGCCAAGCUAAGGACCAGGACCCUCUCUGAGAAGCGAACGAUGCCAGAGGGGUCCUCCCAGACUGAGAACGGCUUGAGCCGUGCUGCCGGCGGCUGCACGUCCCUGAGGAUGCAGCUGGGAGAGAACGGACAUUAUUCGGCGCACCACUGGCGCAAAGCCUCUGAGCUGGAGGACAUUGAGCUGGAGGAGAGCAGCACCUCAGAGAGCAGGCGGAGGCGGAGCCGGGAGGAGCAUCGCCGCAAAAGCAAGAGCCAGUCCUUCUCCUACUCGUACUCCUCCAAGCACUCCAGCGGCCGCCUGUCCCGUGUGAGCAAUCGCUCCAUGCAGUUGUUCUCCUAUCGCCGCCGCCGGAAGCGUAGCAGCAUCUGCCGUAAGAAAGUUGCCCAGGCCCGGGAGAAACGCUUCACUUUUGUGCUGGCUGUGGUCAUGGGGGUCUUUGUAGUUUGCUGGUUCCCUUUUUUCUUCAGCUACAGCCUCUAUGGUAUUUGCCGGGAGGCAUGUGAGGUCCCCGAGACUCUGUUCAAGUUCUUCUUCUGGAUUGGGUAUUGCAAUAGCUCCCUCAACCCAGUCAUCUACACCAUCUUCAACCAGGACUUCCGCAGGUCCUUUAAACACAUUCUUUUUAAGAAGAAGAAGAAGAACUUCCGGCAUUGAGCUGGAGGGAUGGAUUUGCCUCGAGCAGGAGUAGAGUUAACGGAGAAGGCUCAAUGCUGGAAAAGAAGGGAGGGGAGAGAACGUGGGGCUUGGGUUAGGCAGUGGGAAGAGGGCUCGUCCCCUCGGAGGAGCAGGGCGAUGCUCUGGGGGACAGGGAUGGUGUCAGGGGAGGCUGAGGGCACUCACCACGGUACAGAAUGGUGCCAUGGAGCUGGGCAAGCAGUGCUGGAGUGUGGAGGGGUGAAGGGGGAGGGAGUGACUGUGUUUGAACCCUGACGGGGGCACGGGGAGCCCACAGAGCAGAGUAGGCUGAGACACUGAGUUUGGGAGGCAGUGAGCUUUCAUGGGCUCUGGAAUUUUGUGGGGAAACAAAAGGAGACAUCAGAAGGAGAGGGUUAAGUGGCAGUGGUGGUGGAGAUUUAAGUAUAUAUAAAUAGGGCAGCUGGGGCCUAUGGUGGAUUUGUCCCAGUAAGAAAUUGGCUUUUACUGCUUGUGUGGGCAAGGAGAGUGCAAAGUACCAGGCACUGACAGUGUUUUGAGUUAUGAAAGGAUUUAAAUGUUUGCCAAAAAAACCCUAAAGAACAAUCCAAACUCUUUUCUAAAUAAACCUUUGUACUGUUAAAA